AUGCCAACACUGGUGGGACCUGGCUUGAAGGUGUAUAAUCACGUCGACUUGCAUCGUUUAUCGGCGGCGUUUUAUCUCAAUUUUUCGCACGGGUGGCUUUCGACGUGGCUGAACUGUCCGGUGAGAUUCGACUCUCGGCUGAGAUGUCGGCGCAACUUCAAAAGGUGUGUGAUGGGCGAAUGUGUGAGGUGGCCGCCUGCGGGCCUGGCUAAGAUGAACAUGCCCACAUGCAGGCGGAAAAGGGGAGGAGUGCCUGGAGAAGGAGGAUCGGGUCUGUCCAGCUAAUCAAGCAUCAACUUCAUCAUCAUCAACGUGGAUGCACCGUGAACAGUUAGUCAUAUAGGAAAUGCAUGGGUAAUCGCAGGGAAACGAGCGGAAGAGCUAUGAUACAUUUGAGAAGAACAUAAUUUCACAGUUAAUUAGAGAAAUUUCAACAAAAAAAUGUUUAGAGGGAUGAGGAAAUUAAACUACUUUUCAUACUGUUAAAUGCUCCAUUGGUGCAUAAAAUCUCUUAUGAGAUAUCUAUUGAAGUUUUGUUUAAACAGUGCUAUUUAAAAUUAAUAUCGGCAACUAUGUUGUACAAUGAGACCGUGGUUUUCUGUAUUUGCAUUCGAAAUUCGAAGCAAUAAUUUAAAUCACAGUUGCUCUUACAACGUGCGUAUUUUGCUUUGUUUCCUGUGACCUUUAAACAUGUUUUUUCUUUUUUUUCGUGUUUUCACUCGUGUUUAUACGAGCAAAUUUGGUUGCAGCAAUCAACUUGCUGCAAAUUGUUUGCAUCGUGUGUUCCUAGCUUUAGAAUUACCAACUUAUUUUUUCCAUUAUGACUUAAUUGUAUUUAAGAUGGAAUUGUAAUGUUUAAAAUGAUUGUAAUCCCUCUAAAAAAACGAAUACAAAUAAGUUAAAUUUUUGGUAAUUUUUACCAGCAAUAA